GAUUGGGUUGAAGAUGUCAGAAAUGAGUUGGUAAAAGCUCAGAGGAAUAAAAAUAAGCUUAAGGAAAUGUAUGAAGGAAUGUACAAGAAUUUGGGAAAUUUAGAGGCUCCUGGCCUUGGACUGAUGAGGAAAAGGUUUAUUCAGGCUUUUCAGAAGGACUUUGACCAUCAUUUUGGAAAAGAUGGUUCAGAACUGUUGGAUAUGAAGGCCAGUAACUUUGGUGCGAUUGCAAGUAAUCUUCUCUCAAAAAUGGACAAAAACCGUAAAGAACCUGGAAACCUGCAAGAAUGUUCACCGUGGAUGAGCGAGUUCAAAGCUGAGUUCCUGAGGCAUGAGCUGGAGGUUCCUGGUCAGUAUGAUGGAAAAGGGAAACCACUGCCAGAGUACCAUGCAAAAAUAGCUGGAUUUGAUGAACAGAUAAGAGUAAUGGAUUCGCUGAGGAAGCCAAAACGCAUAACAAUCCGAGGCAGCGAUGAGCAGGAGUACCCUUUUCUUGUCAAAGGUGGGGAGGACCUGCGACAAGACCAACGUAUUGAGCAGCUGUUUGAAGUAAUGAACAUUAUCCUUUCCCAAGAUGCUGCAUGUAGCCAAAGGAAUAUGCAGUUAAAAACUUACCAGGUCAUCCCCAUGACAACAAGACUGGGACUCAUCAAGUGGUUGGAAAAUACUUGUACUUUAAAAGAAUUCCUUAAGAAUAGCAUGUCUGAAGAGGAAAACAGCAGCUACAACAGAAAUGCCAGCCGUACAGAAACAGUUACGUCUUUCAAAAGCAGGGAAAGCUGCGUACCAGAGGACCUGCUGCGGCGAGCAUUUGUGAAAAUGAGCACCUCUCCCGAAGCCUUCCUGUCUCUGCGCUCCCACUUCACCAGCUCUCAUGCGCUGAUGUGCAUCAGCCACUGGAUCCUGGGGAUUGGAGACAGGCAUCUCUCCAACUUCAUGAUUAACAAGGAGACUGGUGGCAUGGUGGGAAUAGACUUUGGAUAUGCGUUUGGCUCAGCUACGCAGUUUUUGCCGGUGCCAGAGUUGAUGCCUUUUCGCCUGACUCGACAGUUUGUUAAUCUGAUGAUGCCAGUGAAAGAAUGGGGUCUCAUUUACAGCGUGAUGGUACAUGCCCUAAGGGCUUAUCGUGGGGACCCGGACCUCCUCCUCAGCACAAUGGAUGUAUUUGUAAAAGAGCCUUCUUUGGACUGGAAGAACUUUGAACAAAGACAGCUGAGAAGCGGAGGCACGUGGAUUAAGGAAAUAGACACAUCUGAAGUAAACUGGUACCCUUUGCAGAAAGUCAGCUAUGUCAGAAGAAAGCUGACAGGAGCCAAUCCAGCAGCAAUCACAUGUGAUGAACUACGCCUGGGCCGAGAGAAGUCCCCUUCUUACCAAGAUUUUGUGGCUGUGGCUCAUGGCAACGCUGAUCACAACAUCAGAGCCAAAGAGCCGGAGGCUGGACUUUCGGAAGAGACCCAAGUGAGGUGUCUGAUUGACCAAGCAACAGACCCCAACAUCCUGGGCAGAGUCUGGAAGGGAUGGGAACCCUGGAUGUGA